AUGGAGAAGCCGAGUUCCAGCAAGGGGGUGGCGCCAAAGUACAAGGGGGUUCGGAGGAGGAAGUGGGGGAAAUGGGUGGCGGAGGCGAGGUACCCCAACAGCCGGGAGAGGCUGUGGCUCGGCUCGUUCGCGACGCCCGAGAUGGCGGCGAGGGCCUACGACGCUGCCGUGUACUGCCUGCGCGGCCCCGGUGAGGCGCUCAACUUCCCGGACCAGCCGCCGAACAUACCGUCGGCGGACAAGCUGAGCAAGUACGAGAUACGGGCCGCGGCGGUGCGACACGCGCACGAAGGCGCGAAGCGGCCGCAGGAGGGAGAAGCUCGACAGGGAGGUGGUGAGGAAGCGGUGGAUCCAGGCGAGAGUAGCUCGGGGUUGGGGAUGUCGGGAGAGCCGGUGGAGGAGUCGUUGCCGGACUUGUUCGACUCCGGAAUGGUUGGCGGAAUGUGGCCGCUGGAGGACAAUGAUUUCUGGAUUGGUGGCGACGGCGGUGGUGGCCAUGAUGAUGAUGAUGACGACGACGAUGAUGGCGGCAACGAAUGCGUUCCUCUUUGGAACUUCUAA